AUGAACGGUCAAGGAAAGUAUGUAGGAUUUGGAAAUGAAAAAUCAUCAUCAGAUUCACCAUUUCCAGAAUUACGUUCCAAUUGGAGGGAACUCAUUUAUUUAAGAUCUUGGCAAGCAUCAGGUUUUGUUACAGUUUUAUAUUAUUUCAGCUUUUUAGUUGGAUUAAUGUAUUUCAUUCAAAACAUUGUAUUAUUCACUAGAGACCUUGGUGCAGGUGGUUUCUUCCUUGGUUUACUCUAUGGUACUUUGUAUUUCAUUAGUUUUAUUUUAGCCGCUCGUAUCGUUUCAGAAAUCGUUUUAUCAAUUUUCGAUAUUAGAGAUAACAUUUACAGAAUUUCAGCAAGCUCUGGUCCAUCCAUUGUUUCAAGUGGUCCAUCAACUUCAUCAUAUCAAGGUUCAUACCAACAACCAACUUAUCAACCACCACAACCAUCCCAACAACAACAACAACCAUCCCAACAACAAUCUUACCAACAAUCAUCUUCAACUGAAUUCCCAAAAUACCAAGAACCAUAUCAAGGUAACCUUUAA